AUGGUGAGUACUUUAAGGUCUGAGUCGUUCGACUCAGACGUGGAUAAAGAUAAUCCCGCUCUGAAUGCCCAGGCUGCCCUAUCCCAAGCUCGGGAGCACCAGCUGGCCUCAGCCUCCAAGCUCCCCUUGGGCUCUCGACCUGCGCCCCAGCCCCCAGUACCUCCUCCGGAGCGCUGUGAGGGAGCUGAAGCAGGGCUCAAGGCAGCCCAGGGAUCACCCCCUCCUGCUGUGCCUCCAAAUGCAGAUAUCAUGGCCUGCACACAGACAGCCCUCUUGCAGAAGCCGACCUGGGCCUCUGCUGAACUGGGUGCUAGCACCUCCCUGGAGACCAGCAUCCAGCUGCGUGGCCUUAUCCGGGCGUGUACAGAGGCCCUGUGCGGCUUGCAGCAGCUGCAGCACUAAGAGAAGCCCCUGAGAAAAACCCUCUAGAAAAACA